GCUGUAUAGUACCCAGUACCUGGCACUAUCUUAAGCCAGAAUUGAGUAGUGUUUUGGCAAAAUCAUCAUCAUUACUUAAAAAUCUGUAUUUUCUAUGGGAAAAAAGUAGGUGAACUUCAACAUCAUUUUUCCAGUGGUUUUAUGAUGCAGAGACUUGCUUCAGGAUAGAUGGGACCAGUGGGAGAAAUACAUAGGAGUUUCAAGUUUGGGGGACAGGUAUGCUGUGAGGACUGGCCCAUAUCUAGCUAGUUACCAAGAGGUUAAGUGGAGUUGCCCCGAGGUCUGUUCUGGAAUGCUGAGAACAUAGGAGAAAAGGGAUUUCUGAGUAUAGAAAAGCAUCCAGGAGGAAAUGAAGCUUUACCUGCUACAACAGAAGCAAAAGAGGCUCAGGGACGGAUUGUCUAGGUCCAUGGCCCUGAACCUUUAAGGCAGAACUACUUCCUUUAAUCAUCAGCCUUUCUUUGAGCUGGACAACUUUCUGCACUCUACUUGUGUCUCCUUCCUUCUCAGCAGCCCUGCCUCUGCCAUCUGCCCCAAGAAGGGCCCCAUGUUCUUUGUUCUUUCCCAUCUUCUGGGUGAUAGGUCAGACUACUUUCUUCCUAAAUAACCUACUUAAGGGAACAAGAGAACAAGAGAAGAGUCUUUCCUUUCCUUCUUUUUUUCAAUAUUUUAUUUAUUUAUUUAUUUUCCUUUUUUGUUGCCCUUAUUUUUAUCAUUGUUGUGGUUAUUAUUAUUGUUGUUAUUGAUGGAUAGGACAGAGAGAAAUGGAGAGAGGAGGGGAAGACAUAGAGGGGGAGAAAAAGACAGACACCUGCAAACCUGCUUCACCACAUGUGAAGCAACUCCUAGGGACUCCUUAUGCCGGUCCUUGUGCUUUGUGCCACCUGCAGUUAACCCACUGUGCUACUUCCCGACCUCCAAGAAGUGUCUUUCCUUUGAGGACACUGAAAGAAAGCAUGCAGUGGCCAGUCCAGGCUACAUAUAUCCUGGACAUCUUGGGAAAUUUUCUUUGUUGGUCGUGGGAAAUGCACACAGAGACAGACUGUUCCACAAAAGAGUUGAGGAAAAGAUGGGAAGUUGUUUAGUGCCUAGGUCAGAAUGAGAUUUACCUAGUAACUGAUGAUGUUAGGCUGAGAUGCUCAGCAAUUUGUCUUUAUGCUUGUCCCAGCCUACCUAGCCAAUCUCUCCAGUCUCAGUUUGUGUUUGACUUAGAUGAGCAUGUAGUCUACAAGUUUAGUAUCUAGAGGCUGGGUAGAUCCAAAUCACACAUUUAGCAGGAACCAAGGGGCCUGGAUAAUAGCAUAUCCCACUUGGUGUCUGAAGAUCAUCGACUCAGGCUGGGGUUUCUGUGACAGAGAAGGGCCCAAGGUUCCUGGAAGAGCUGGUUCAGGGAGCCCAAACUCCCCCGGAGUCUCCCAGAGUGGAGCAUGACCGCUCUCCUGCAGCUGCUGCUGGUCCUCAGCUGGAGCUGCACUGGCUCAGGAGGCUUUGUGGCCCAUGUGGAAAGCACCUGUCUUCUGGAUGAUGAUGGCACCCCACAGGACUUCACAUACUGUGUAUCCUUCAACAAGGAUCUGCUGACCUGCUGGAAUCCAGAGCAGGCCCAAAUGGUCCCUUGUGAAUUUGGAACACUGUAUUUCUUGGCAAAUGGCCUUUCAAACUACCUCAAUAAGCAGGAAGACCUGAUCCAGCGCUUGUCCAAUGGACUCCAGGACUGUUCCACACAUACCCAGGCCUUCUGGGGAUCACUGACUCAUAGGACACGACCACCAAUUGUGCAAAUAGCCAAAACCACUCCUAUUAACACGAGGGAACCAGUGAUGCUGGCCUGCUAUGUGACUGGAUUCUAUCCAGCUGAUGUGAUCAUCACGUGGCAGAAGAAUGGGAAACCAGUGCUCCCUCAUGGCAAUGCCCAUAAGAUUGCUCAACCCAAUGGAGACUGGACAUACCAGACUGUCUCCCAUUUAGCAACCACCCCCUCUUUUGGGGAUACCUACAUCUGUGCAGUAGAGCACAUUGCAUCUCCUGACCCCAUCCUUCAGUACUGGACUCCAGGACUGUCUCCACUACAGGUUGUUAAGAUUUCUGUGUCUGCAGUGGCUCUAAUCCUGGGCCUCAUCAUCUUCUCUGUUGGCUUUCUCAGCUGGCGGAGAGUUAGUUUGUCUGGCUACACUUACAUCCCUGGGUCCAGUUAUCCAGAAGGUAAUCAUAUUUCAUAGAGGCAGAAUCCAGUAACUUGCACCUCAAGUGGGAAGGAGAUUCAAACUUGUAGUGAUGCUACCAUGCCUCUUCUAAUAUCCUCAGACUCUCCAAAUUUUCUUACAUACAUCCCAUGGUUUCUCUACCCAGUUGUGUGAAUUUUCCAGUCCCCCACCCUCAACUCCUGGUAAAGUUUAGCAACGUGGGGAAAUUCACUGCUGGGAACAUUCUUUAAUCUAGUGACAAGCCAAGGCGAUUUCUGGAGAGGUUAAAGGUUCCCCAUUCUGAACUGUGGGUAGUGAGCCUCUGUUGAUCAUCUCUGAGGAAUAAACUCUGGGGGUGAGUGGUGGCACAGCUGGCUGAGUGCACAUGAUACAAUAUGCAGGGACUCGGGUUCAAGCCCCUAGUCCCCACCUGUAGGGGGAAAACUUCACAAGUGGUGAAGCACUGCUGUAGGUGGCUCUCUAUCUCCCCCUUCCCCUCGAUUUCUGGCUGUCUUUAUCAAAUAAAUAAAGAUAAAAAAGGAA